GAUCUUCAACUUUUAACCUCGAUAUAAAGAAGCAUCAGAGAAGAGGAACAGCACUGCACUGUGCACAACUCAAUUUCCCAAAAGUCAAAACCUGUUUGGAACAAAAGAAAUUCUGGGAAUUUCACAUCUUAGAAGGAAUUGAGGUCAAGAAGAAGUGAAAUGCCGGAAGAGGAGUUGGUGGAGAUAAAGUUCAGGCUUUUCGAUGGCUCCGAUAUGGGACCCUUCAGAUACUCAUCCACAGCCACCGUCGAUAUGCUUAAGCAAAGGGUUGUCUCCGAUUGGCCCAAAGGUAAAACGGUCAUCCCAAAGGCAGCAAAUGAAGUGAAAUUGAUUAAUUAUGGCAAAAUAUUAGAAAACAAUAGGACUGUUGGCCAAUGUAGAGUUCCAUUUGGCGAGUUCGCAGGGGAAGUCAUAAUAAUGCACGUUGUUGUACAGCCAUCUCUAGCAAAAGCUAAAGUUGAAAAGAAGAUUGAUGAUUCGCCCAAGAUGACUGUUUGUCGUUGUUCCGUAUUAUGAAGACAGUUCGUUGAGUUGGAGAUCUUCAUCCGUGAUUAAUCAAUCACCCAUAAACUACAGAAAUCAUUUCAUGAGCAAAUCCUUCUAUUCUCAACAUUCAUGUGUAAAGCAAGUACAUACGGGCAAUUAUAUAUUAUCAUGUUAUAGAAAAGUUUGUCUUUAUGGUGACUUCCAAAAUGCUAUUCUUUUAUUACAAGGUCUAAAGGGUUAUUGACAUUAUAGCCAUUGAUUGCUACAAUUGUUUACAUUUUCAAGCGUGGGUGGGGGGCUUUGGACUUUAUUGAUUGGUGUAAUUUGUUUUAUAAAAUGGGUUGAAUGGAUAAUAACA